AAAACGACAUUGACAUUCUCAAUGAUAUUCCUUCUGGAUAAAUCGUCGCGUGGUAAAAAUAAAAGUAGAAAUCAAAUAAAUAGUGACCAAAUUGUAUUUGUAUCCAAUAGAAAUUUUAAUGAAUCACUGUCUAAUAAAAAAUCGACUGCGUACGCUUCUAAUUUAUCAUCGUGGAUACGGAAAAGUGGCUCGGUGAUACCGUAGUCAAUUAUAAUUUAAACCAUAUUUGAGUUUUUGAUUGAAUUAUUUAUAUGAUAAUAUGGCAGCGCGAGUUAAUCAAGGUAUACUGAGAGUUUUGAGUAAAUUAGAGGCUUCUGUUAAUUCUGGGAAUUACUAUGAGGCCCAUCAAAUGUACAGAACACUAUACUUUAGGUACCUUGGUCAGAAGAAGUACACAGAUUUACUUGAAUUACUAUAUAAUGGUGCCAUGCUAUUUCUGCAACGUGAUCAGCACGCGAGCGGCGCUGACUUAGGAAUUUUAUUCAUCGAUGUGUUGACUAGAUCGGAAACGGAUACGUCCAAAGUUUACUUCGAAAAGAUAACGAAUUUAUUCAGUAUUAUGAAGCAGGGAACACCCGAGAGAGAAACGUUCCUCCAUAAUGCACUUAGGUGGAGUUUAAAGCACACAAAUUAUAAGUGGGGACAUCCUGACCUUCAUAAGCUUUUCGCUGGGGUAUUUUGGCAAGAAAAGAAUUACACAUUGGCUAAGCAGCACUUUAUAUAUAGUCAUGAUGGUGCUGGUUGUGCAGCAAUGCUCGUGGAGCUUCAUCAACAACGUGGAUACUCAAAUGAAGUUGAUCUCUUCAUAGCCCAAGUAGUUUUACAAUACCUUUGUCUACACAACGCAUCAGCAGCACAGGAGGCUCUGGAAUCUUACACGUCCAGACAUCCAAAAAUAAAUAAUGGCCCACCUUACCUUUUACCACUACUGAACUUCUUGUCAUUUCUGUUGAAGACAAUUCAACUUUCCUCUCACGCAAUGUUCCUUGUACUCUGUGAACAGUACCAGUUGAGUCUCAACAGAGACCCAAGUUAUCGUGUAUACCUUGACAAAAUAGCCCAGCUAUUUUUCAACGCCCCAGCGCCAAGUCCCAAACGUCAAGGUCUCUUGGGUAAUCUGCUUCAGUCACUGUUCGGUGAUCUCGACGACGAGGACUCGGACAUGGAGGAGCAGGCAACGAGACAGAGUAAUGCUAGUGGUGCAUCUACUUCACAAGCUCCCCAAGAACUUGACUGAUUACCGAGGUCACUAAAAAUAUAUAUCAUGAUGUAGUAGAGCAGAUAUUUAAAUUCUCGUUUACAUUUCUUUCUUUUGCAAGGAUAACGUUUAACACUCGGUUAGUGCACCCAUUGAUUCAUGAUGAUGAUUUUUAAACCCUGGAGACAAUGAGAAAAUCAUUAGCUCUUCCUUUUUGAAUGUGCAGUGCAAAAAUUGAAGAUGAAUGUGACAAACACAGUACUAAAAUUUGUUGUGAAUCAUUUUUCCUGUUCUCAUUUAUUUUAAAGCAACUACCUGCUAUGGAUGCUCUGGAUAAAAAAUAACAAAUGAAAAAUUUUAUUUCAAUUCAAGAAUUCAAGAGAAUAAUCGUGUCAGAUCGUUUAUGAGAUAAUUUUAUAUUCAGUGCAAAUUCCUGAAAAAAUUGCUUUGUUCUCUGUUCCGAGAACUGUUUUAUCGCCUUAAGAUGUGAAAAAAUUUCUCGAAAACUUAACUUAGAGUUCAGUCGACUUAAAUCAUUUUACCUCUUCGACAGUGCAUUCAAUAAUCACAGACAGGAAAACCUUUUUGAAUGAAAAAAGGAAAAUGUGAUAGCAAUCUGCACCUUCAGGGAAUAAAAUAUUGAUAAACUUUCUUCUGUAAGACAAUAUCAUCGCAUGAUAUCCGUAUUUUCGAUUUCUAAUACAGUAAGCGAAUUCUUCUAAAGGUCCGACGAAAAUUUAACAGCAUGUUUCAGACAAAGCGUUAAAUUCGCUGAUUAGAUUCUUUCAUCCCUGUUUUCAUAGCCCCUAAUGGAUGUUAGAUUUUCAGCUUUACUUCCGUUAGGUUUUGAGAGUUAAAAAAAAUACAUCACAUUUGAACUCUUCGAUACGAUUAUGUUCUCACUUAGUCUUGAUGCAAAUUCGAGACACACUGACUACCUUUGGGUACCGAUCAUUUAUCUAUCGACAAUGGUCUAUCAUCUAAUUAUUUAUUAAUACCCUUUUUUCUACUGUAUGAUAACUUUCGGAUGGAUCAUGGGGAAAAAAUUAUACAUAGUAAAUGAACACGCACGAGAAAAUUAACUAGUGAAGCCAAGUCUUUCUGUUAUUGUUUGGUCAAUUCUAUUGGAACGUUCAGCCAAUAAAAUUUGAUUUUUCCUUGUGCUCAUUCAAUUUAGACAUAUUGUACAGAAUUUCCUAGACUCAAUUUUCCUAACUAUUUCUCAGUGAAACAAAUAAAUAAAAUGAAAUGAACUAAAACAAUUUAAGAUGAAGAAAAUCUUUAAAAAGUAUCUCAGUAGGAUAAUUUGUAUUAACCAAUCAAAAUCCAUUAACUCUUUCUAGAGAAUACUUUCUACUGAGCAUUCCAGUAGAAUCGCCCAAAAACGAGUUGAAUUUUGGUAAAAGUCUUGUAGAACUGUCUAGCGAAUGUGCUAGAGCUUUUUCUAGGCGAUGUUUGCAUACGUGAAAAACUAAUUUAAUGGAAAUGCUUGAAGUAACGUGUAUUAAUCAUUUAUAGGAGAGUGUGACUUGUGGUUAGCUCAUUUUAACGAGCUUUAUAAUUGCGAUAUGACCUAUAUCGACGGAAUAAAUGGAGGAUUAUAUAUUGUACAAAUAUCUACCAGUUUUAGGUGGCAGUUAAGUACGACUUGUGGUAGAUGAAUCCUUUUAAAAAAAUCAGACCAACGUGAGUUAUAUGAGAAUCAUCAUGAGAACAGUAGUUGCUGUUCUGGUCUGUUAUGUGUAAAAUAAUGUAACUUUACCAAAUAAUACUGGUACAUUUCUACCACACGAGCUUUUAGUGGAUUGCAAUAUACUAAAUAAAUAAAUCUACGUAAAUUUGUCAUUGGAAGGAAUUGGAACGGAGCACGUGUAAGCAAUUUUUAUGAACCUGUUUUGUGAAAAAUCCUGCGGAGCACUCGAUAAAUUCGCGGAUGAAAAUUAAUCGCGAGGAAUUUUCUAAUGGUUUAUAUUGUGACUCAUGUCCCUAUUCAUCAUAAGUGCAGAUGUAGUAAGUCUAGGUGUAUCAUAUACAAUUCAUUCAAUUCAGAUCUCUUCUAUAGUAUUUCGACAAAAUUUUCUAAUCGUCUUCGUGGGUUCCACAUAGAACAUGUCUAUAAAAAUCUUUCACGCGCUAUAAAUUAAUGCAUUUUUUUGAAACUUGAAUCAUGUGAAGCUUUGGAUUUCAAUCACCCAGGUACUAGAAAAUUGAUGAUUGUACUUGUAAAAAAUUAUUAAAUAUCUCGGAUUUGUGCAUAACGAGCACGACCAUAUAGAGUAUGUCCAAGGAUUUGUAUGUAACGUAUAUGCGCAAUAUUCGUAUUCGACUAAUACGAUAAUAUACUGAUCAGAGGGGUGAUGGUAAUAAUAAUCGUCUUGGAACAAUAAAAGAAAUCAUUUUACAAAAAUGUAUAUUCUUCUUUGUCUGUAUAGUGCUCAUUUUUCUUGCACCUGCUUUAUAAAACUAGAAAUACCAUGUGUUUAUCGCUUAAAUACAUGCAGGGAAUAUCAUAUACCGCUGCCAAUCGUAUUAGAAAGAGGAACAAUGUCAGUAAUUGCUUAACAAAUAUGUGAAAAUGGCUGCAGUGAGAAACAAUCGCUUUUUUAGUAUUCGUCGUAGCCUGGCAUCGGAAACUUUUUUGAGUAAGCUUCGACUUCAUCACGGAGGGACUUCACUUUUGACUUGAUUUCUGGAUCGGUCUCCAGCACCGAUUUAAAGUCCACGAGCUUCGGGCCGGACUUAGCUGUCACUUCUUUUGAUAACUGGAGUCCUGAAACAAUGAUCCCGGAUGAUUAGAAACCGGAAGUAAUGGUCUGACAGCAGUGAAAUCUUGUGAUUAUCCGUGCGGAAUAACAUUUCAACUAACUCACACAAAAAUUUAAAACAUUUGACCUCUGCCAAAAAAACCUCAUAAACAUUUCCGCGAAAUUACUUCUUGAUCGAAUAAUUUACCUCUAUGAAUGAACUCAGCAAUGUCAUCCACAUGUUCCUCCUUAACUCCCCUAGUCGUCAACGCAGGCAUCCCCAGUCUAAUCCCGCUGGGAUUGAAGGCACUCUUGUCUCCAGGAACUGUAUUCUUAUUACAAGCAAUCGAGAUAUCCUCCAGAAUUCUCUCAGCCUUGGAUCCAGUGACCCCAGUGUUCCUGAGGUCGACUAGAAGCAGAUGAACGUCUGUUCCACCCGUGGUGAUCUUGUAGCCACGUGAUUGGAGGCACUCACACAACUUCUGUGCAUUUUUCACCACUUGUUUCUGGUAGUCAAUGAACUCUGGCAUCUGGGCUUGUUUCAUGGCUGUUGCAAUACCAGCUAUUUGGUGAUUGUGGGGUCCACCUUGGAGCCCUGGGAAUACUGCCUCAUUGAUCUUGCUCUCAAGAUCGUACAUUAUCUUCUCACCGUUCUUGCCAAUACUUCUGACUCCUUUUCGGAAGAAGAUGACACCAGCUCUGGGUCCCCUCAGGGUCUUGUGGGUUGUUGUACUGACUACAUCGCAGUACUCAAAGGGACUUGGAAUCACACCAGCUGCCACCAACCCGGAAAUGUGGGCCAUGUCGGCAAAGAGAUAUGCGUUGUUCUCAUCAGCGAUUUCUCGGAAUCUUUUGUAGUCGAGACAUCUGCUGUAACACGAGACUCCAGCAAUAAUGACUUUUGGCUUGAAGAGCUUCGCACUCUCCGAUAGCUUGUCGUAAUCGAUCAAACCUGUUUCUGGAUUUACUUUAUAGGGCAUAGACUCGAAGAAUACCGAGGUCGCUGAGAUUUUUUUCUUCUGAGUAAAGAAGCCUGGAAAUUUUUUUGAUAGUUUGUUGACGAUUAGAAGGAAUGACACAGUUUAACGGCAAUGUAUAAUUGAACAGAAAACAAGAAUCAUUGAGAUCUCACCAUGUGUCAAGUGUCCACCAUCAGGCAGAUCCAGUCCCAUGAUCCUCCCAUGAGGUUCAAUGAGGCCAGUGUAAACAGCGAGAUUCGCUGGGCUACCAGAGUAAGGCUGAACAUUGCAACCCCACUGCUCUGGAUCAAGUCUGUAGGCAGCUAGAGCUCUCUUCUGCGCCAGCCACUCGAUCUGAUCGAUGUACUCAUUUCCACCGUAGUAUCUGAAACGUUCAAGCCUUAUUAUCCACCUGUUCCAAUGUUGAAUCAUUGGAGCAUUGUGUAUGGACAAGAAAUAAACGAGUUCUAAAACAAGUUCUGCGUGAUAACCAGUUCCAAGUUACCCAGAAAUAAAAUACUUGAUUCGAAUUUAAGAGAGUAACACGUGAAUGAUUAGCCUGCUCUGCAACAACGAAACAUUUUGCUCAUGAUUUUCCCCGAGGAUCAUCAUAAAUGUGUGUAUGAGUGUUUACCUAGCACCUGGAAGGCCCUCACUGUAUUUGUUAUGGAGACAAGAACUUAAACACUGGAGAACACUCAGUGACGUGAAAUUCUCACUUGCAAUCAUCUCCAGUCCACAAUUCUGACGGUGUUUCUCCUUUUUGAUGAGGUCGAAUAGCUCGGGAUCGGUCUCCCAGAGAUUUUUGUGUAAAACUCCAGCCAUUUU